GAUGUCUUCAUCAGCUCAUAGCUACAGCAAGAUUAAAAAUAAUCAAAUGGAGUUAGUUAAUGAAGAAAACAUUGAUGAGCUAAUUAAAGCUCAAACUCAUAUAUGGAAUGAGACGUUCCAUUUUAUCAAGUCCAUGUCUUUGAAGUGUGCAGUUCAAUUGGGCAUACCAGAUAUCAUCAACAGCCAUGGUCAACCCAUGACUCUUUCAGAGCUCGUUCUUGCUCUGCAAGUUCGUCCAACUAAAACCCAUCAUCUCUAUCGUCUUAUGCGAGUUCUUGUGCGUUCGGGUUUCUUUAAUUUGCAGAAUGCUUCUGAUAAUUAUAGCCAAGAAGGCUAUAUACUUACCCCAGCUUCUCGUCUUCUGCUCCAGAACAGUUCUUUUGAUACUAGACCCUUUAUAUCUCUAGUUCUCGAUCCAAUCAUAACAGAACCAUAUAAUUCCUUAACAUCUUUUCUUCGAAAUGAUGAUCUUACACCUUUUGUCACUGCCUUUAAAGACACAUUAUGGGGUUGUGCAGGGAAUGAGGCUAGGAUUAACCAUUUGGUUAAUGAUUGCAUGGCGAGCGAUAGCUCAGUCAUUGGUAGGGCAGUGAUUAUAAAGUGUAAGGAGGUAUUUGAAGGGCUGAAUUCUUUGGUGGAUGUUGGAGGUGGCACUGGAAAUAUGGCUAAGGCUAUUGCUCAAACUUUUCCAAAUUUGAAAUGCACUGUUUUGGAUCUUCCACACGUAGUUGAUAAGUUGCAAGGUAUCAACAACUUGAGUUUUCUUGGUGGUGACAUGUUCCAAGCAGUUCCUCCUGCGGAUGCAAUCUUACUUAAGUGGAUAUUACAUGACUGGCCUGAUGAAGAAUGCAUAAAGAUACUAAAAAACUGCAAAGAGGCAAUUUCAAGAAAGGGCAAAGAAGGGAAGGUAAUGAUCAUUGACAUUGUGAUGGGAUAUCAGACUUGGGAUGAUAGUUUGACAGAAGCGCAGCUGUUAUUUGACAUGAAAAUGAUGGUUGCUGUUAUGGGAAAGGAGAGAAAUGAGAAAGAAUGGACAAAGCUUUUCUUUGAUGCUGGAUUCACCAAUUAUAAAAUAUAUCCUGUGUUAGGUCCCAGGGCUCUCAUUGAGGUUUAUCCCUGAUAAUUGAUAACCUCUUAUGCAGUUUGCUCUCUCUUCCCUGAUUCGAUAGAGAAUUAGAGGAACUAAUUAAUAAAUAUUUUAUAUAUCAAUUAUGUGUCCUAUACAUUAGAGGAUCCAUACUUAAUUACUCAAGAAUCAAGCAAAUUUUAGGUGUGCUUUAAUUAGAUAAAGCAACUCAAGAAUUUGCAUUGUACUGUGAUUGUAUUACAGUGUUUGCUUUAUCGAUCAAUGAGAUUAUUAUAUUUUUCAUUAA